UAGAUCGUAAGAGAAAAAAAUACUCAACAAAACAAUGGCGUUUCGAUGUCGAAGGAACAACCACUGGACGGCACUGACGAUAACAGUGUUGGUUUUUAUCACCACAUACACACUACCCACUGCACGGUGUCGUUCGGUCAAUGUUAACUCACCGAACCAUCCACACAGCCGACACCAUCGAUCAAACAUUUCGAUCGAAAGUAACUCGAUCCAGCGGCUCGAUGCGUCCGGUGGUCACCGGCAGCCAGGACACGGGACAGCAGGUUUCAACGGCAUGUCCAACCAGCCACCGCUCCUUAAGCGAGUGUUUCUCUCGAACCGAACCGUUACAUGUAACGAUGGUUCCCAGGCUGGAUUUUACCUACGCAAAUCACCCGGUUCCCGUCGGUGGGUGGUGUUCUUCGAAGGUGGUUGGCAUUGCUAUGAUCACAAAUCGUGUCGAACGAGGUGGCUCAAGCAGCGCCAUCUGAUGACUUCCGUCCAGUGGCCAGAAACGCGAGAUGUUGGUGGCCUCCUGUCCGCAUUACCAUCGGAGAAUCCGUACUGGUACAACGCGAAUCACGUGUUCGUUCCGUACUGUAGCAGCGAUUCGUGGAGUGGCACUAAAAUCCGCCCCGACACGCGCGAUGGAUUACGAUUUAUGGGCUCGCUCAUCGUACGCCAGGUGAUGUCCGAUCUGGUGCCAUUAGGGCUAGGACACUCGCAAGGUGCCGACCUCCUAAUGGCUGGUUCAUCUGCGGGAGGGUUGGGCGUGAUGCUGAACCUCGACAAAGUGCGAACAUUUCUACAGAACGAACGAGGUCUCAAAGUAAGCGUACGUGGUGUUAGCGACUCGGGGUGGUUCCUGGACCGGGAACCAUACACGCCCGGUGCAGUUGCUGCCUCGGAAGCCGUACGACAGGGCUGGAAAAUGUGGGACGGUGCGUUACCGCAGGCUUGCGUUGCCGAACAUACGAAGGAACCGUGGCGUUGUUACUUCGGUCAUCGUCUUUACAACACUCUGAAAUCUCCUCUGUUCGUGUUCCAGUGGCUGUUUGAUGAGGCUCAGAUGCGUGCAGAUAGUGUUGGUGCACCGGUCACACCACAGCAAUGGGACUACAUACACGAUAUGGGUGGUGCGUUGCGUGAAUCGCUCAACAACGUGUCGGCAGUGUUUGCUCCCUCGUGCAUCGGCCAUUCCGUGCUAACCAAGCGUGACUGGAUGAAGAUCAAGAUCGACGACAUCUCGCUAGCGGACGCGCUACGCUGCUGGGAGCAAUCGAAUGCGGACGAACGUCAGUCACAGUGGCGUUCGAUCAAUCGAAGUCCACAGAAACUGCACCGCAAACAUAAUGGUGGACGCAGGAAGAACAAGCAACAGCAGCAACAACAGAAACAGAUCGGUUCGGUAAGCUUGGAAUCUUCCUCCGAGCGGCCGCAACGUCCGAAGCUUACCAAAGAGGAACGAGAGCGGCGACGGCAGGAGCGACGCAAGCGCCAGAACCAGCGCAAACAAAACGGUCCUGGUAAGGCGAACCCAACCGAAACCACCGGCACCCAGCAGCUUGGUUUAACGAAAGUUCCUAAACUAGAACGAAUGCCAAAAAAUAGUACUACCAGCAUGGUUAGCAACAAACCCACCACCAUCAAUCAACCGAAGCGCAACAACCAUCGGCAUCAUCCGGCCCAACCGCACCAGGAACUGGCGAUCGGUGUCCGAACGCCGGCGGUAGCUCUGUUGAACGAACCAACACCACCCACCCCACCCCACAAGCUGCGGAAUCAGAACAAGAAGCGCCUGAACGGUCAUCGGAAUCGAAAUCGUAAGGCACGCGGGGGUAACGGUGGAGGUGGCAGUGGAGGGCCGGGUGGCCGGAAUCGGGCACCGCAGCCGGUGGACAUUGCGGAACCAAAGAAGUGCUCGUUGCGACUGUUGGAGCGAUGCAGCUGGCCCCAGUGUAAUCACUCCUGUCCGACGCUCACCAACCCGCUGACCGGUGAGGAGAUGAAGUUCCUGGAGCUGUUGGCCUCGUUCGGGCUCGACAUGGAUGCGGUCGCGACCGCACUCGGUGUCGACAUGCAGACGCUCAACAACAUGGACCAUGCCGAGCUGGUUAAUCUGCUCACGCAGCAGGUGACGUAG